UGCAUGCGCAUUGUAKAGCGAAGGCCGUUGAGAUCUCAAGGAAAGUUUCCCUCUAUUUAACUGUGUUCUCUUCUGUUGUUCCGCCAUUUUUGAUAAGUUCGGAGCGUUUCGUUCAGUUUUUGAGCUUACCUGGGAAGGGAAGCCGUCAGGCUAUCCUGGCUCUUCUUUUUCGACUCCGUAGUGUUGGAUUUUUGUGAGAAAACCAGCCUAAUAUCGAGAGCUUAGCUAAAAUUUUCUCUUACGUGAAUGGCAAUUUCUAAUUAGUUGGCCGUGAAAGUCGUUUAUAGCAAUGGAYGGCCUUUUCCUUAUUCGUCUUCAUAUACACGGAAGAUUAUUGGGAAAAUAUUGGUCUACUGAUUCACAGGUUUGAAUUAGAGGAUUCAUCUUUAAUCGUGGUAAAAAAAAGAAAAAUGUAGAAAGCGAUAAAGAAGUUUGUUAUGGAAAUUGUUCACUUUCCUGUGGUACAUGCUACGUACAAUGGCGCCAACCUAACUGAAAAAUAUUAAACUUUAACCAUUUACCCAUGGAAGCUACAAACGAGAAGGUGGAUCGAGAAGGAGAAGAAAAGACAGUGAAAAAGCAGGUGAAAUUUGYCGAAGAAUCGGCAGACGAAGUAGGAACUAAUGGCAGUAGUUCUGUGCAAAAUGCAGUGGAUGGUCCGGUCCACACGUCGGUGGGUAAGGGCGAUAGUCGUGAACGACUUCGUGAAGGGGACGACAAGGCAGUUAGUCAAAGCCCUGAUGGACGUUUUCUUAAGUUCGACUUCGAACUAGGACGAGGUUCUUUCAAGACUGUUUAUAAAGGAUUGGAUACMGAGACUGGAGUAGCGGUAGCGUGGUGCGAAUUACAGGACAAAUACUCGAAAUCAGAGCGAGCAAGAUUCAGGGAAGAGGCCGARAUGUUGAAACAACUUAAACACCCGAACAUCGUAAAGUUUCACGAUUUUUGGGAAAAUAGACAGACCAGUAARGACAAAAAGAAAGUCAUUCUUAUCACAGAACUGAUGACUUCUGGGACUCUGAAAACUUAUCUCAAGAGGUUCAAAGGAGUGAAAGAAAAGAUCCUCAAAAGUUGGUGUAGACAGAUUUUGAAAGGACUGCARUUUUUACAUACACGGACACCCCCAAUUAUCCACAGGGAUUUAAAGUGCGACAACAUCUUCAUUAAUGGGACAACAGGGUUGGUAAAAAUUGGUGACCUUGGACUAGCAACUUUAAAAAAGUCUUCUUUUGCAAAGAGUGUCAUAGAUAAAGGUGUCAAACCUGAAUGUCUUGAGAAAGUGAUGUCUAAAGAUGUUAGAGAAAUUAUCAAUGGCUGUACACAUCCCAAGAAGGAAUCGAGAUACAAGAUUCAUGAUCUGCUGAUUCAUCCAUUCUUUCAAGAGAACAUUGGUGUAAAAGUUGAGGUGACCGGUUCUGAAUAUGACCAAUCAGGUGGCCUUAUUAAACUCCAGCUACAUCUAGAAGACCCUAAAAAACGCAAAGAAAAGCACAAGGCAAACGAAGCUAUACAAUUUGAUUUCCACCUGGAUAACGAUGACCCAACACAAGUUGCAUCUGAGAUGGUGAAAGCCAAUAAGCAAGCUAGAAGAUGGUCUGAGAGUGUCUCCAGUAGAUUAUACAAACCAACCAGUCAACCCAAAGGAUCCAGAGCAGGCUUUGCCAGCUACAAGUGAYUCGGGAUUACCUACCAGUAGUCCAGAAGCAUCAUUGAUGCAUUCAUCAUCCACAUCCUCUGUCUCCUCUUAUGCUUCCAUUGCAUCUGGAGGGGAAUCCACUGUCUCUCAAUCUGCAGCAGGCGAGAAGAAAGACAAACUCCCAAAGGGAGUCAAGAAAGAGCGCUUACCUAAAAUCCAGUUAAGAAAGAUUGAGAAAACGGCUGAGGGGGUUGUGGUUGAGUGUACCUUUGAUACAUACAAGAGUAACAGGAUUACUUUCCGUUUUGAUGUGAAUGUUGAUCAUCCAGAAGAUAUUGCUAAUAACAUGAUUAAAGCGGCCCAUUUACAAGAAAAAAACAAGCAGCUAUUUGGGGAUCAUUUGAGAAGAGUCAUAGUAGAAUCCAACAAGAUCCUGGAGGCCUCUAGCAGUCAAAGUGGUUCAGAGAUCAUCAUUGACAAGGCAAUUCUAGAUUCUCCGUGGUCUUCAGAAAACAUAGCUUCUCAAGCAUCACAGUUGCCAACRUCAGUGACUCUUGGACAGUCUCAGGGAACUGGAAGUCCAAAGAAUAAAGAGGGAGGGUACUUUGAUGAGGCACCUGAUGUUUUUGCUAAGCCUAAAGAAGGAGCUUCUUCUCCUGACACAAGUAGAAAAAAUGUUCCAGCACUAGAACAACAAGUAGGCGAGAAAAAGUUAACACCCAAAGCCGAAGGUGCAGGAGAACCAGUAAAAGUGGAAGCCAGUGCUCCAGACAAAUCUAAGGAGCCUGUUGGCAACAAACCUGAGGAUACCACAACUACAGCUAAACCUGCAGAAACCAAAGAAGAAGCCAAGGAAAAGCAAAAAGAAACAGCAGCACCCUUGACUAAAGAGGGCAAACCAGAAGGUGUCCCAUCACCAUCACAAGAGGCUUCGACUAGACAAGAUCCAACACUUGACAAUAAAGAAAAAACUGUCCCCAAGGUUCCUGUACAGGAGCAACCCAAGCCUGUUGUACUGAACCAGCCUGUAGAACCAAAGGAAAUGUUGACAGAGAAACAGCCUGACAUGAAACCUGAGAUUCCAACCUCUAAGGUUCCAGUGAAGGAGAAACCCAAGCCUGUUGUUCUU